GCGGGCUCAGGGACAGGAGUGUGUGUGUGUGUGUUUGGAGACCAGGGUUAGGCUGAGUGUGGCGAGGGAGAGCCAUGCCGCUGUUAAAGAGGAACAUUGAGCCCCGGCACCUGUGCCGUGGUGCGCUGCCCGAGGGCAUCGGUAGUGAGCUGGAGUGUGUAAUGAACAACACACUGUCUGCCAUCAUCCGCCAGCUCAGCAGCCUCAGUAAACAUGCCGAGGACAUAUUCGGCGAGCUGUUCCGCGAGGCCAACGCCUUUUAUCUGCGUGCGAACUCCCUGCAGGACCGCAUCGAUCGGCUCGCCGUCAAGGUCACUCAGCUGGACUCCACCGUGGAGGAGGUCUCUCUGCAGGACAUUAACAUGAGGAAGGCUUUUAAAAGCUCUACAGUACAGGACCAGCAGGUAGUGUCCAAGAGUAGCGUCCCCACCCCGGUGAAAGAGAUGCACGGGCUGAGUGACCCGCCGCCCCCUCUCAACAUCCUCUCACCGUACAGGGACGAUAAUAAGGAAGGGCUGAAAUUUUACACCGACCCCUCGUACUUCUUCGACCUGUGGAAGGAGAAAAUGCUGCAGGACACGGAGGACAAGAGGAAAGAGAAACGACGACAGAAGGAGCAGAAGCGCUGCGUUGACGCUGGGACGCUGCAGAGAGAGGUGAAGAAGGUGCGAAAAGCUCGUAAUCGGCGUCAGGAGUGGAACAUGAUGGCAUUCGAUAAGGAACUGAGGCCUGACCUGAGGCACGGCCACACGGUGCACAGAGGAGGAUCGUCCGAGGGCUCCAUGUCACCGGAAAACAGGUCUCACGGCCAAGACCACCUGGACCACGGCUAUCUCAGCAUGUCCAACCAUGCAGGCCACGCCCAUACAUACUCCGGCCCUCCUCCCAGCAUGGCGGCGCUUUCGGCGCACGCCCACAUGGAGCAGAACUACAGGACGGGGUCUAUGGCGUACCGCUCGGGCACACUGGGACGUCCACACCAGGCCCCGCCCCCUCCUCCACUAACGGAAUGCAUGAAUGGCUCGACGCCCAUCCCGCCACUGGACUACAGUAUGGAUUACAUGAACUCGGCCUCGCCCCCACCCGCAGCUCCUCUCAUUCCAUCAUCUCAAACGGCUUUCGUUAUGCCUCCCAUGGGCCCACCUCCAGGCCCGCCCAGUUUAAGUGCAGGUUACAUCCUGCCUGCUUCACCUGCGUCUGGACCAUCGUCUGCUCCUCCUCCGCCAGGGCCUCCACCACCUCCACCCAGCACCUCCCAACCCAUCACACCCAAACGGCCCCCUGUGGCCGCUGAAGCCCCGCCCAUAAAUGAUGCCCGCAGCGAUCUGCUAGCUGCCAUACGCAUGGGUAUCCAGCUGAAGAAGGUGCAGGAGCAGCAAGAGCAGCAGGCAAAGCGAGAACCGGUGGGGAACGACGUGGCUACCAUUCUGUCCCGCCGCAUAGCUGUGGAAUACAGCGACUCUGAGGAUGAGUCGGAGUUAGAGGAUAAUGACUGGUCUGAUUAAAGAAACACACACUUUCACGAUAACGCCGCAGUAUCGACAGUACAGAGGAGUGCAGAAGCACUCAAAAGUUUGGACCUGAUUGGAUGUGUUUAUUAUUGGCUUGAUCAAAAGUCUCAAUCAGGGGUUUUAAUCUCAUUGAAAAGAUUUUUUGGAAGGAAAACAUAUAGACUCGAGUGCUGGAGAAGCUGAAAGGACUGAAUGGUCUGAUGCCUUCAUAUUGAUUGUAUGAAAAAUAACUAGAGCCAUGAAGUUAAAUUAAUCUUUUGUUGGUCGAUCGAAUUAAUUGAAUCACCGGAAAAGUUUCUGUUCAAAAUCGAUUCAUACUUUUUAAAUUAAUUGGGUAAACUUCCAACAUUGUACGGUCUAACAUUCUUAAAUUCUUUUUUGUAAAUAUUUUUACAGAUGAAGCAAGAAAUAGAAACCACUUGAAUACUUGAGUUUUGCCAGAGUAUCCCUUUAUUUUUGGAGUUUUUGUGCAAUCCUGCCUCCUCCUGGACAGGAGUAUGGACCAAAGGAUUGUCAGUGUUUAAUAUUUACAAAAUUUGCUUUGAACAAAUCAUACAGUAAAUUUUACUGCUGUUAAAUCAAAUUAAAAUUCACAGUUCCCAAGAACUUAAUAGAAUCGAACCAGCAGUCUGUCGAUGAUUCAUGGCUCUAAUAAUUAACGCAGGGUUAUGUUAGAGUUAAAGUCAGGAUUAAGUGUAAAAAUCUAUACAGCUUAGUUUAAAUCUCAUUAUAAAUGUAUAUUGUAGAGAAAAGUAACAGAAAUUAGCUGGAGCAGUGAUUAAGGGGUCCAAGCAUGAGGCAAUGGCCUGGUGAUGCUGAAUGAUGAAAUAAUUCACUGGUUUAACUUUCCUACAUUGCGUAAGAAUGAAGUCAGUGGUCCUUUCAGACGUCCUGGACGUACGUACAGUACAAGUCAAAAGUUUGAGCACAACUUCUAAUUCAAUAUUCCUGAUUUAUUGUGUACAUUCUAGAACAAUACUGGGUUUUUUUUUAACUAUGAAAUAACACAUAUGUCAUUAGGUAAUUAAGUAACAACAACAUUAACAGCCAGUUGUUAUUUUAAGACACAAAGGUCAGCCGUUCGGGAUCAGUUCUUGCAAGAACAGUGUUGUGUCAAGUGCGUUUGCAAAACCCAUCAAGCUCCAUGAUGUAACUGUCUCUCAUGAAGACCUUCCCAGGAAAGCAAGACCCAAACUGAGCUCUGCUGCAGAGGAGACGUUCAUUUAGAGUCACCAGCCUCAGAAAUCACCAAUUAACAACCAGCACCUCAGAUUAGAGCCGUUAUGAAGCUUUAGAGAGCAGAAGUAGCAGAUAAACAUCUCAAUAUCAACUGUUCAAAGGAGAUCAUUGUGUAUUGUGGAUAAACACCUUCAGUAUUGUUUUACAGUGUAGAAAUACAAAUCGGUAAAGGCCACAGAGUUGGAGGGCAUGUACAAACUUUUGUCUGGUAUUGUGUGUUUAAUAAUGUUGAUGAAGGACAUUUCUCGUAGUUAUGACCGGUUUGUGUGGGUUAAGCGUUAUCUAUUACAGAUAUAAAGAGCAAAUUCAUUAUGUUUUGUAGUCCUUGCAUUAAAAAGUACAUAAAAAAUGUAAUAUGCUGUAUUCUUCCCAAAAAAGUAAUAGCAGCCUACAGUAUGUAGGAACAGUGUUGAAUGAUUUAGACAGGUUUUUCCAUGUAAUAAUGAUGAAAAUGUAAAACGCUGCUGCUGAGAUAAUGCUUAAACAAUGAAGGUAACUGACCUGAUGACUCUGUGACAAGUUUGAUUAAAAAACAUUGGCUUGUUUGAUGCUUGGACCCCUAAUAAAAUGUGACGUGUCCAAACUUUUAAAUGCUUCUGAUCGCUCAAACUCUUCUAGCUGUUAAUUUAGAUUAUUAUUAGAUUUCUAAAAAAAUACAUAUUUUUUCUUUAGUUUAAAAAACAGGCAAGAUUCAAACAUAAUUGUAACAUAAUUGUAACAUUAGUUACAAUGUAGCUAUUAGUUAAAUAGAAAAACACACUACAGCAUUGAGAAAUAGUAGCUGUGCAUGAAGCGAACCUGGAGGUGACAUGACCUGGACAUCCCUUAACGAAGCAAAAGUUACUAGUGACGGCGAUGCCAACUCCGCUCCCGUGACGACGGGAAAACAUCUCGUGACGAAUUAAUCAUCUGCCCCGGGACGUGCCGAGCCCUCAUCGUAGAAACGGGUUCUUGGGGGACCGUCGUCUCUAUGGAAACAGUACAGCUGGGAUGCCGAUCUCCAUGGCAACCCGUGGUGCAUAGGUGGCGAGCGGACGAAAUAAAUCAAGCGCAGGCUGUUUAUUUUUUAAUGCACAGCACAUUCUUUUAAUACAAAAAUUAACAAGGAUCUCUUGGAUUUCAAAACUAACCAAAGCAAUAAAAAGAGAGCACUAACACCUUGAAAAAAUAUACACCACAUUCACGUAAAUGUCUUACAACAUCCCACUUACAGUAAAUAGUGCAUGUCGAUUAUCGUUGUUUUUUUCUCUUUGUUAAAUAUUAAUAAUAAUAAUAAUAAUAAUUUUGCAGAUACGUAUUUUUGUUGUUGUGCCAUUUCUCAAAAAAUAAAGUGCAUUUCACAGUUAAGACUACGCAUACGUCUACACAAGAUGCUGUUCCUGUUUUAACCCUCCUUUUUUCUUUUUUUUAUCCCAAUCACGUCAUUUAUGAACGGUUUCAGUCCCGACACACCGUUUCGCUUGGAAACUCCUCAAAGAAAGCUUGAGGCACGCGUCAUCUGCGUCGUCACGCUAGUCCUUCUGCUUCACCUCAGGACAUGAAUCUCUCGCAAAAUCUUCGCACAGACACUUGGGUCAUUUUUGCAAUCAAGCUCCUACAGUGGAGUACAGCGCAUCUACGAUUGGUUACGUCAGUGAAGAACUUUAAAGUGUCCUCCAUCUGAACACGUGAUGUAAAACAGUGUUACUCAAUGUUAUCAAUUAUAAUAUUAAAAUGAAUUUUAUGACAUCACAUCGAACUAAAGACUCGACUUUAAAGCACAAUCCUUAUCCUGUCUUUGUCUUGUUUGUCUUCGCGUCUACACAUCGGUCGUCUCGCCCGCUCAAAACAGACACCGAUUAGCUCUCAAGGAAAAAAAACAAACAAAAAUGUAAAAAAUGAGACAAGGUAAAGAGGUUACACGGGGUGAAUCUGGACGAGGCCCAAAGUUAAUCACUGGCUCAGAGCACCAUGACUCGAUGUCACAAUGCGUCUCCGGUGUCUCAUGCCUUAUUUACAGGAUCAGCUCGACGGAUAGGACGCCUUGGCAAGUAAACAGUAAUAAUUAUUCCUUUAUCGAUACAUUCACAAAAGACUGUACAGCGCAUCGAAAUGCAGGCGGAACAAAAAAAUAGGAAAUUAAAUAAAUCGAUUCUUCUUUUUCGGACAUUAUUUUCAAAAUGUCAUCAUCAUACACGAUGAAAUAUUAAAACCUCCCUCAUCGGCUCAAAACGAGUAAGAGGUCACUCAGGUCAAAGGUCACGUCGGGUAAACCGAGGCUCAAG